AUGGCUAACACGUCGUCCGCGUUGGGAUGGUUGCUACUGUACAGUACGGCAAUGUUCACACUGCCGUUUGCGGCCUUCUACAGCACGCGGUACGCACUGACACACUAUCUGCACAUCGACGGUUUCCCAAACACCUGCGGUUCGGUCGUAGCGGCGGUACUGGUCGUGAACGUGAUUAUCCUGCUAUACGCGCUGCGUGGCUAUGAAGAUGCGAAGGAAGACGACAAUCCACCGGAAGAGAUCGAUCGAAAGGACGAGUCUAAAAAGAAGCAGUAGAUGUUGUACUAGCAGACAAACGACUCAAACGAUUCUCAUCGCGGUGACGCUAUUCCAUGCACAGAUACACUAAUUCUAAUACGUUGAUACUGUUAAAAUCUACUUUAAGGUCGAAACGAUAGAUGUACGCACGAAAGCGUUUGUGAAUAGAAUGGAAUGUAAUAAACUUACUCAACUGUACCUUACAGCUCUUCGAGGUUGUU